GAUGUUGAUCUGUGUUUGAUUACUACGGACUAACUAUGAAAUCAAGCGAAAACUCCUCAAACUGAAUGUUAAGGACCUACCGAUCUAGACAGACGCCUAUUUUCUACAGUUUUUUACCAAGCAACUCACAAGGCUCGCGGCCAUGGGAUUAACCAAGCAGUACCUGCGUUAUGCCGCGAGUGCAGUUUUCGGUGUGAUUGGCAGUCAGAAGGCCAACAUUGCCUAUGUCACGUUGCGGGGCGGCGAGAAGGGACGUUACGUUGCAGUAGGAGCCUGCGAACAUGUUUUCAUAUGGGACAUACGUAAAGGCGAGAAGAUUCUCAUUCUCAAGGGAAAUAAACAUGAAGUGACACACUUGUGUGCCUCCCCUGAUGGCAUCCACAUCGCUGUGGGUUAUGAAGACGGAGCAGUGCGAGUGUUCAGCCUGAUGGAUGGCGAGAGCAACGUCUCCUUCAGCGGACACAAGUCUGCCGUCACAGUCCUACACUACGACUCCCUGGGAGCCCGACUGGUCACCGGCUCCAGGGAUACAGAUGUGAUAGUGUGGGACGUAAUCAACGAGUGUGGUCUGUACAGGCUGAAGGGGCACAAAGAUGCCAUCACACAGGCUCUCUUCCUCCAGGACAGGAACCUUCUGGUUACCAGCUCUAAGGACAGCUUUGUGAAGUGGUGGGAUUUAGACACUCAGCACUGCUUCAAGACCAUGGUGGGCCAUCGCAGUGAGGUGUGGGGCAUGGUGCUGCUGAAUCAGCAGAGCAGGCUGUUAACGGGCUCUGCUGACAGUGAGCUGCGUGCUUGGGACAUCACCUACCUGGACGAGGGCAAGGAGACAGGCGAGCCCAAGGAGAAGAAGGGCAAAAGCCUCCUUAACGAUGAUGGUGAUGAAGAGGAGGGUCCAGACGAGGAGCUGGAGGAGAGAAUCCUGAGCUGUCAGAAAGCUGGGUCUCUCUUGAGAGAGGCAAGGGACAGGGUCGUCUCCAUGACAACAGAUGCCAAGGCCAAGAUUGUAGCGUGCCAUGGGACUGACCAAGUACUGGAGGUUUUCACGGUGCUCCCUGAAGAGGAGGUGCAGAGGAGGAUGGCCAAGAAGCUGAAGAAAGCCAAGAAGAAGGCCCAAGCUCAGCACAGUGUGGAAACGGAGGCCCCAGACGUGGUGGUGGAGAAAACGUUGGGAGACGAGAUCUUAAGACUAACUACCAUCAAAGCCUCCUCCAAAAUCAGGUGGAUGGACUGUGUUCUGUGUGCUGGAGGAGAGCUGAGGCUGGUUCUGCUGCUCCAGAACAACACCGUGGAGGCGUACAGUCUGCAGACCGGGGUCAAGAGCCCCGCCCCGGCCAAGACCGCCCGCCUCACCCUCGGGGGACACCGCACCGACGCUCGCACGCUCGCCUUCAGCUCCGACAACAUCGCCGUGCUGUCCGCCUCUGGGGAUACCGUCAAGGUCUGGAACAGGUCAACAUUGCAGGUGAUUCGUACCAUGGAAUGUGAAUAUGCCCUCUGCUCCCUCUUUGUGCCCGGAGACAGACAGAUCAUCCUGGGAACCAAGAGUGGAGGGCUUCAGAUCUUUGACCUGGCGACAGGAAGCAUUCUGGAGACGGUCGCAGCCCACAAUGGCGCCCUCUAUUCCCUCUGUCUGUCCCCAGACCAGAGGGGGAUUGUGACUGGUGCAGCCGACAAGACUGUGAAGUUCUGGGAGUUUGAGUUGAUAAAGGACGACGGUUCUGCACAAAAAAGACUGACGCUAAAUCACACACGAACCCUGCAGCUUGAAGAAGAUGUACUCUGUGUGAAAUAUUCUCCUAACCAGAGGCUGCUGGCUGUCUCCCUGCUCGACUGCACUGUUAAGAUCUUCUACACAGAUACCCUGAAGUUCUUCUUGUCCCUGUAUGGACACAAGCUGCCUGUGCUGUGUCUAGACAUAUCUCAUGAUAGCAGCUUGAUUGCCACGGGUUCUGCAGACAAGAAUGUGAAGAUCUGGGGUCUGGACUUUGGGGACUGUCAUCGAUCUCUUUUUGCUCACGAUGACAGUGUCAUGUUCCUUCAGUUUGUCCCCAAAACCCACCUGUUCUUCACGGCAGGAAAGGAUAAGAAGAUCAAGCAGUGGGACGCAGACAAGUUUCAGCUCAUCCAGACCCUGGAGGGUCACCAUCGCGAGGUGUGGUGUUUGGCCAUCAGCCCCAAUGGGGACCACCUGGUGUCCUCGUCACACGACAAGUCCCUGCGCCUCUGGGAGAGGACGAGGGAGCCCAUCAUCCUGGACGAGGAGAGGGAGAUGGAGAGAGAGGCAGAGUUCGAGCAGGAAGUGGCCAAAGGCGAGGAGACUGUGGUUCCCGGAGAGACCAAAGGAGAGGCAGCACCAGCCGGGAAGAAGACAAUCGAGACCGUCAAAGCUGCCGAGCGCAUCAUGGAGGCUCUGGAGCUCUACAGGGACGAGAACAGGAAGAUGGAGGAACACAAGUAUGCCUGUGAGUCAGCUGGCAAGCAGUUGGCUCUACCCAAACCCAAUCUUAUACUAGUUGCGCUGGGAAACAUGUCACCAUCCCGCUAUGUCCUGGACGUCAUUAGGAAGGUCCGGUCCAGUGAACUGGAGGAGUCUCUGCUGGUGCUGCCGUUCCCCUAUGUGCCAGAUCUGCUGUCCCUGUUCAACAGCUACAUCCAGGACGGGCUGGAGGUGGAGCUGGUCUGCCGCUGCCUGCUCUUCCUGGUUAGGAUCCACUUUGGCCAGAUCUCCAGUAACCAGAUGCUGUUGACAGCCAUAGACGGGCUGAGGACCAACACCAUCUCCAGAGUACGCCAGAUCCGGGAUGUUAUGGGCUUCAACAGUGCGGGUCUGCAGUUCCUCCAGAGGGAGAUUGAGAGCAAGGAGGAUGUGAUGUUCUUCGCAGACGCCACCGGUCGCCUGGGGGAGAAGAAGAGGAAGAGGAAGAAGAGGGAACGAGCCAUCCUCGCCAUUGCUUGAAUCAUGUCUCAUUAAAAUUGAUUUGAUAUAAAUCCCCCCGCCACCAACAUUCUGGGCUCACAGGAAGGAAUGACAGAUCAUUAAAUGUUUUUGUAUCUAAAGACUCGCAUAGAAUGUAAGUGUCCAAUGAAAAUCUUUACGUACCAAAUAAACUUGACUCCUGCUCGUGCUUAA